GGGGCUGGCAGGGACCCAGCCACGCAGAGGGAGCAGGUGGACGGCCAGGCAGCCCCUUCCUACAGCCCUGCUCCAGCCCCAUAAGCACAUGGCUUGGAUACACUGGCUGCUGUCUUCUGAGGAGCUGAUGUCUUUGUCCGGACACCUCCCUGAUGGCUCUGAUCUCCUCUCCUGACCCUUCCACAUCCAUCCCAGGACUCUCAUCUUCACGACCAGGAGCAAGAAUGCUUGCUGUCCCUUUGACAGCCUGUGCCAGCCACCCACCAGUCACUUUGGAGUAUUUUCCCAUCACGUGUCCGCAUCUUGCUGGAUGAUCGGCGCCCUGGUCUGUGGAAAUUCCCCUUGUUUCAUCUGUUGCUUUAUCUUGCUGGUCUUCAUCUUGGAUAAAGUCCUUGGCCACAUCCUUCUCAUACCUUACUCUCAGUUCAUCUCACCCUUCUAAAGUUUUAAAGAAGAGCGGAGAGAUUCACAUGGAGGUACAGGCUGGCUGAAGCUGUCCUUGCUUGAGCUAUCCAUAAGCCAUGGGCCGUCGGCUCUUACGGGGUCUCUCCGGAGCUGCAGUCUUUCUGGUCGGUGUGGCUCUCCUUUCUGUACGGCACCGUGGAGCUCAGGAAACCUUGGGAUACCCAGGGCUCAGGGAGCAGGUACUGGAGAAUCCAGAGCAACGAACACAUGAGAGCCCAGAGGAUGCCAAGGGAGGUGGUGGCACUGGGCAGAAGAACCUGCAGGUCAGUUCUCUGGACAAAUAUAAGACUGAAGGGAACCUGACCCUUGGGGAUGUUUUCAUAGCUGUGAAGACCACCAGGAGAUUUCACCAGAGCAGGGUGGAGCUGCUUCUGGACACGUGGAUAUCCCGGGCAAGAGAGCAGACGUAUGUCUUCACAGAUGAAGAAGAUGAUGCCUUGAAGAGAAGAAUGGGUGACCGUGUGGUGUUCACCAGCUGCUCUACUGAGCACAGUCACUCAGCCCUCUCCUGCAAGAUGGCUGCAGAGUUUGACGCAUUCCUGUCUAGUGACAAGAGCUGGUUCUGCCAUUUGGAUGAUGACAACUAUCUGAACCCUGAGGCCCUCCUGAAGCUCCUGUCCUCAUACUCUCCAAUGAAGGAUGUCUACCUAGGGAAACCCAGCUUGAACCGACCCAUUCGAGCCUCUGAAACACUGUCUAACAACCAGACGAAAUCUGUGCACUUCUGGUUUGCCACAGGAGGAGCUGGAUUUUGCAUCAGUCGCAGGCUGGCAAGGAAGAUGAUGCCUUGGGCGAGUGGCAAGAACUUCCUGAGCACCUCAGAGCUCAUCCGUCUGCCAGACGAUUGCACCAUAGGUUACAUCAUUGAGUGCAAAGUUGGUGGGCAGCUGCUGCCCAACAUGCUCUUCCACUCCCACCUGGAGAAUCUGCAACUCAUCCCCAGCUCUCAUCUCAUGCAGCAGGUCACACUCAGCUAUGGUGUCUUUGAGAACAAGCUCAACGUUAUCAAACUCAGCGGUCCCUUCUCACCCCAGGAAGAUCCCUCAAGGUUUCGAUCUCUCCACUGCCAUCUCUAUCCUCAUACCGCCUGGUGCCUUCAGGCUGUUGGUUGGUGAUGCCCAAGCUACACUUUUUAAAGCUGGAGCUCCUGUGGCAGUGACAAAUCCAUCCACAGUUAAAUGGACCACAGCAGCUGAGUAGAUGCAUCUGGAAGAAUAACACUUGUGUUCCACCUUGUUCUCUAAGCUACACCAUGGCAUCCAGAAGAGCUCGCAAAGUCUUUGGGAGAGGUGAUGGAUUUUCUGUUAGGCUGGAGUUGUCCUCUUUAAAGUGACAUUUACAUUUAUAUCAGACAGAGCUUUUUCUGACCUGUGAUUCUUCCAUCAUUUUUGGCUAAUAGCAGCAGAAGAUGGCUCCACAUUGUCUGGAGGUCAAUAUUUAGAUGACUGUGGGAGGGGGAUACAGGGUAGUGCUCUCAGUGGUAUUCAAUGGAAAGCUGGGGGAAAGGGCAGCCCAGUUUUUAUUCCACAUUUGAUGCCAUCAGUUUAGUUUUUGCUUUACUUUAACUGAGGCCAAGGAAGCCUUGGUUACAUAUGGUACAUCCCAGUGCCUUUCUUAGCAGACAGUGGCCACACAUGGCAUUUCAAGACCGCAACAGUCCCAGAAAUGAUGGCAACACUGUGUGCUAAGGUCAUGCUGAAGUGUUCUGUUAGGCUGCACAUCUAAGCAAUUUCAAUGUUUCCUUCCAGGACAGGAUAAAGCACAGUUUCAAUUUCUGAGGCUGAUGAACACCUUUGUUUGAUUUCCUAAGAAAAAAUAAAUAAAUUCCUUCCA